AUGAACACCAACAAACCCUUGGCCACCAACAACACCACGACCCCGGAAGGCAUCCCCGGCCUCCUCCUAGGCCAUUCAACCCCCCACCCCUUCUCCCUCAUCACCCCCCUCUCCACCCGCUCCUCCGUCCAGUCCCUUCUCCGCACCCUCCUCGACCCCCUCCUCCCCUUCUUCUCGCCCCUCAAAUCGCGCAUCCGCAUCCCCGGCGCCACCGCUGUUCGAUUCGACCAAACCGCUUCCGAAAUCGAGGGGCUUGCCCGUCCACUCUGGGGACUGGCUUGUUUGCUGGCGGGAGGCGGGGAAUAUGAACACAAAGAUUGGUGGAUCGAGGGGAUUAGGAACGGGGUUGACGAAACUUCGAAAGAGUUUUGGGGGUGGCCGAGGGACAAUGAUCAGCGGAUGGUGGAGAUGUGUCCGUUGGGGUUUGCGCUGGCGGUGGUGCCUGGGUUGUGGGAGGGACUUGGGGAGACGGGGCAAAGGGGGGUUGAGAGAUGGCUUGGGGAAAGUGUGAAUGAGAAGAACAUGCCCAACACUAAUUGGCUGUGGUUCCGAGUCUUUGCCAACCUUGGAUUGAAGAAGAAUGGUGGAAAGUUCUCUCAGGAGAGAUUGGAUGCUGAUAUCGAGCAUCUCAAUACGUUUUACCGCGGUGAUGGGUGGUCUAAUGAUGGCCCGGAGGGUAUUCAUCAAAUGGAUUACUACUCUUCGAGCUUUGCUAUCCACUUCCUUCAGCUACUUUAUGCAAAACUAGCUGGCGAAGAUGAGCCCGAACGGGCUGCCGAGUUUAAGAGGAGGGCACAGGUUGCCGCAUUGGACCUGGUACACUACUAUGACAAAGAAGGCCGCGCCAUCCCCUUUGGCCGCAGUGUCGGCUACCGCUUCGCCAUGGUCUCCUUCUGGGGCGCCCUCGCCUACGCCGACGUCGAGCUUCCCGCCCCUCUCACCUGGGGCAUGGUCAAAGGUAUCGUCCUCCGCCAUCUCCGAUGGUGGCAAACACAAGACAACAUGUUCAGCCCCGCCGGCACGCUCACCAUCGGCUACUCCUACCACAACAUGUACAUGGCCGAGAACUAUAACAGCCCCGGCUCCCCUUACUGGGCCUGUCUAGCCUUCAUCUGUCUCGCCGUGCCCGAAACGCACCCCUUCUGGACCUCCUCCGAAGAAGACCCGUGGCCGGUCAUCCCCGCCGUCAAGCCGCUCCCGCAACCGGGUCACAUCAUGAGCAACCUCGGCGGCCAUUGCAUGCUUCUCUCCUCUGGCCAAGCCUGCUCCUACCCGAUGAAGGGCACCCACGCCAAGUACGGCGCCUUCGCUUACUCCUCCGCCUUUGGCUAUUCGGUUCCCCCGGGCUGCUUCACGCUGGAGCAAUACGCCCUGGCCUCACAACUGGGAUUCUCUGACGACGGAGGCGAGUACUGGAAGACUCGCCGACUGUCCACCUCCCGUCUUGUCUUUAAAGAAAACAACCCCGUACUCAUUUCCGACUGGACACCUUACCCAGACGUCUUCGUAACCACCUACCUCCUCCCGCCCACGCCUGCCGCCCCCAACUGGCACCUGCGCGUGCACCACAUCCACGCGCAAGGGCGCGAGGUGAUGACGGCCGACGGGUCGUUCGCGAUCCUCAACGAGCGCACGCCGGACGGUCGGUACCUAGACUUGUACGACGCAGAGAAAUGCGAGGGCACUUUCCCCAAGCUCAUCGGGAACUACGACCUGAACACUCCCGAAGCCUGGGCUCCCGCCAAGAAGGGAGCGUUUGCGGUGUCGAGGGCGGGAGCGGUGGGGAUCAAAGCGCUAGAAAUUGAGAAAGAGACAAGAGGGGGCAGAGAGGCGAUGCUAGUGAAUGCGGAUCCGAACUCGAACUUGGUGGAGAGUAGGACAACGAUCCCGACGCUGCAGCAUAGGAUUAAGAAGGGGGAGAAGUGGUGGUAUGUAACAGGGAUAUAUGCGAAGCCCGCGGGCGAGGAUGUGGGGAAGGAGAGGUAUUUGGAGGGAUGGGAGGAGGGGCCUGAAGUGCCGAGAUGGUUGAGGGACAUUAUUGAAAAGGAUAGGCAGUGAGGUAGGGCCCAGUUGAUAACGUGGUGAGAAAGAAAGAAACCGGGGAAGUGGCUGCUACAG